GUUCCUUGGUAGGCGGGGCGGGGGCUGUCUCGUAUUUUGGCGGUUUGACUUUAACAUGGCGAACGCGAGCGGCAGUAACGUCGGCGGCAGCAGCGGCGAAGUGGUGGGAGGCGAGGAGUCGUCCCUGGCGGAGGGCUCGUCUACCGGUCGUAUUCCGAAGGUGAAGGUUCUGGACACCGUUGUGGACACUUUCCUUCAGAAGCUAGUAUCUGCCGGGAGUUAUGAGCGAUUUGCCAAAUGUUACAAGCGCUUCUACAAACUCCAACCUGAAAUGACACGACUAAUUUAUGACCAGUUUAUAACUCAGUUGCAGACAUCCAUCCGGGAAGAAAUUGCCACAAUUAAGGAAGAAGGGAAUCUAGAAGCUGUUUUGAAUUCUCUUGAUAAGAUUUUGGAGGAGGCCGAGGACCGAAAGGAGCCAGCAUGGCGCCCCAGUGGGAUUCCUGAAGAUGAUGUGCGCAGUACGCUGAUACCCUACUUCUUACAGCAACAGUCAUCCCUGAAGCAACUGGUCCAGGAGCAGGAGAAAGAAAAUGUCAAACUAGCUGAAAUGGUCCUGGAAGGGCGGAAGCAAGUGCUGGAGUUACAGCAACAGAUACAGGCCCGAAAGCAAGCUUGGCAGGCUCUUAGCAAAAAUCAGAGAGAGCUGGCAGCCGUGCUGAAAGACCCAGAGUGAGGAGGCCAGCCAACUGGAUUCCCACCCUUCUACUACUCUCAAGACUCUUUGUGGCUUUGGGGGGAGUGAUACCAUCUGGACAAGUUAAAGUUAGGAGCCAUGGAAGUAGAACCUACAGGGACUGAAGUUCUGAGCUACUUUGGGAGGGGAAGCCAGCUAAGAAGAGGGCUAUAGAAAGCCCAGAGACCCAAGGGAUUAGCCAGGAGCCAAGGAUGCAGGUUAAGGCCUCUUCCUAUAUUUUGGGCUUUUCUGGUACCAUUCAUCCUGCUCCCCAGCUCUGCUUGUGAUUCCCUUCUGUUUCCACACCACUUGGGAGUAAGGUGGGCCACAUGUUUCUGCUGCCCUUGGGAUGGAUUUCAGUACCUCUCUUCACUGAGCCCGGCCCAGUCCCUCCCCCUCUGCUCAUCCCUCCCAGUCCAGACUGCCCCUGCCACAGAGUCCUGGAAUCCUCUAAUCAUGGAAUCUGUUUCCAAUCUCCUCUGAUUGCUGCCUUGCGAGGCAGGCUGAUGCCCUGUCAUGUUCUCCCCACAUCUGUAAAUAAAACUUCCUACACUACGCUGUCAUUUCUCCACUCCCAAGAUGUUUGCCCCUGUUGGCCUCGGCUGUCCCCGAUUUGCUCUCCUUAUGCUGCUCCCCAGGCUGCCAGGGAGCCUUUGGAUCCAGGACUUUGAGUUCAUUUUGCAAGGAGGGCGGUCUGGCUCCAAUCAUUUUUCUCAGUCUGUUGACUCUAGAGUCUCCAGGUCUGGGAGAUAAGAUGGACUUUAAUUCUAGCCUUGUUACUAGAACAACCCCCCAGCGAUAUCCCAGUGACUGUAGGCAUAUAAUUUUGUCAUUUUGCUAACCUUGACCCUCACCCCAUUUUUCCUGUUUCAUGUCUAGGCCGAUUCAGAAUAAAUCUACAUAACUUAA